GUCAUGAACAGUACACAAGUGAGAGUGUUUGUGUUUUCUGGACUCACUGAUAAUGGAGAACUUGCCCCAUUCCUCUUCAUAUUCUUCUUACAUGCCUACAUGGUGACUUUAUUGGGAAACAUUGGCAUGAUGGCCAUUGUCCAUAUCAGCUCCAACCUCCACACCCCGAUGUACUUCCUCCUGAGCUACCUCUCCCUGGUGGAUGUUUUCUACUCCUCAGUUAUAACUCCUAAAAUGCUCUCUGACCUUAUCUCCACGAGGAAGACCAUCUCAUUUGUUGGGUGUGCCCUUCAGUUUUUCUGCUUUGCUGCUAUGGCAUCUACUGAAGCUUUCCUUCUAUCAAACAUGGCGUAUGACCGAUAUGUCGCUAUCUGCAAACCUCUCCACUAUGUCUCAAUAAUGACUAAGAAAAAAUGUGUGUCUCUGGUUGUCUUGUCAUUCUCUGUUGGGUUCUUGCAGUCAUUAGUGCAGACCAGCUGUAUAUUCAGUCUCCAGUUCUGCAGUUCGAACCUUAUAGACCACUAUUGUUGUGAUGUGCCUCCAAUGCUCACAUUGUCCUGCUCUGACACUUUCUCCUGUGAAAUGAUAACUGUAUUUAUCAUGUGUUCUUGUGGCAUAGGCUCCCUGGUGACAAUCAUAAUCUCAUACACUCUUAUUGUUUCUUCCAUUGUACAAAUGAAGUCUGCUGAGGGCAGGCAGAAAGUGUUCCGUACCUGCUCCUCACAUCUCACCUCAGUCUGUAUCUUAUUUGGGACUGUUUUCUUCAUUUAUCUGCGACCUCCUGACAGUGCCUUUGGGAAAUGGGACAAAGUGGUCUCUGUCUUUUACACUGUAAUAACACCAAUGCUGAAUCCACUCAUCUACAGCCUGAGGAACCAAGAGGUGAAAAGGACCAUUGUGGAGGAUGUACUCAAAGUUCGCCGAUGCCAGUAG